AUGGCAGCCCCAGCAAUCUACGACGUCCUUAUUAUCGGCGCCGGCCCAGCAGGCCUCUCAACAGCCCUUGGUCUGGCGCGCCAAACAUACUCGGCACUCGUUUUCGACUCGAAGCAAUACCGCAAUGCUCCCGCAGAUAGAAUGCAUAACGUCUUGAGUUGGGACCAUAAGCCCCCAGCGGAGUUUCGCGCCGCCGCAAGAGAGAACAUCGUGUCCAGAUACAAGACCAUUGACUUCAAAGAUGCGACCAUCGUAUCGGCUGCGAAAAGAGCAGACGGGCUGUUUGAAUUAAUAGAUCAAGAACAAAACAAGUAUCACGGCAAGAAACUUGCACUUGCAACUGGGGCUACGGACAUCUUUCCUGAUAUUAAGGGGUUUGGUGAUCUGUGGGGAAAGUUGAUAUUUCACUGCCUAUUCUGCCACGGAUACGAAGAACGCGGUGCCUCGUCCGUGGGCAUUCUGGCGAUCGGCGCGCUCAAACUGCCUGCCAUGCUCUUGCACGUUGCUCGCAUGACUGCUCCACUGGCCGAGCGAAUUACCAUCUACUCACAUGGAGAUGAGGACCUCACCACGCAACUGAAAGACGAGUUCGAGGGAAAGCCUUUGACGAUUGAGUCGCGCAAAAUCACGUCCGUUGAACGUAAAGGGGAGAGUAAUGUUAUCGUCCAGUUGGAAGACGGUGAGAUCAGAGAGGAAGGAUUUCUAGCUUCCGCACCCUCGGUCAAGGUCAACGGUCCCUUCCAUGAGCAGCUGGGUCUCGACGUGGAUCCCACAGGUUUCAUCAAGGUGAACCCACCUUUCAAUGAGGCUAGCGUUCCUGGCGUCUUUGCAAUGGGUGAUUGUGGUACACCGGUGAAGACAGUCUGUCAGGCGAUGACUAUGGGGUCUUUUGGAGCUGCUGGGUUGGUAUCGCAGCUGAGUGCCAUGGGCAAGUUGUAG